CGGCCUGAGCUGGUCCCGCGCGCCCCUGCUCGGGGCUCGGCGCCCCGCGGCCGGCCGUGCCCGCCCCGCCUCGGCAGUCUAUUCAAAGAAUCAUCACAGUCGGACUCUACAAAGUAAACCAUGGAUUUCCAAUGAAUUUAAACCCGAGGAGUUCAAAUCAUAUAGGAUGAACUUUGCCUAUUUGAAUAAAAUGGAAAGUUGCAGGGACCCUGGGACAAGACUCUACAGUACAUCGCAAACCACGGUAGAUAGCAGUGAAGUGAGAACCUUCCGGGCACUGGCUCACAAGUGGUGGGAUGAGCAAGGAGCAUAUGCACCUCUUCACUCUAUGAAUGACCUAAGAGUGCCGUUUAUUAGAGACAAUCUUUUGAAGACACUUACUGAGCACCAGCCAGGAAAUCCUUUGUCUGGGAUGAAGAUUCUCGACAUUGGCUGUGGUGGUGGAUUGUUAACAGAACCUCUAGGGCGGCUCGGAGCUUCAGUUACUGGAAUCGAUCCUGUGGAUGAGAACAUUCAAACAGCUCAGCAUCAUAAAUCCUUUGACCCCAUCCUGACUAAGAGAAUAGAGUACAAAGCAUGCUCUCUAGAAGCGAUCGUGGAAGAAAACAUAGAAACAUUUGAUGCCAUCGUAGCUUCUGAGGUUGUAGAACAUGUGACUGAUCUAGAAACAUUUAUACGGUGCUGCUGUCGAGUGUUAAAGCCUGGUGGCUCUUUAUUCAUUACUACAAUCAACAAAACACAACUGUCCUAUGCUUUGGGAAUAGUUUUUGCAGAGCAAAUUGCAGGCCUUGUACCAAAAGGUACCCAUACAUGGGAGAAGUUCGUUUCACCUGAAAAACUAGAGAGCAUUCUGGAAUCAAAUGGUCUGUCUGUUCAAACUGUGGCAGGAAUGUUCUAUAAUCCCUUCUCAGGCUACUGGCACUGGAGUCAAAAUACCAGCCUUAACUAUGCAGCUCACGCUGUAAAGUCCACGGCGCAGGAAACCACAGUGUCUGCAGAGCUUGUUCAAAGUGGCGAGUCAGGCACUCCGAGCUAAUGGCCCUACUAGCCCACGUGUAUUUAAAUAGCUGAAGAAUUGAAUCAUAUCUGAGGACUGUUGUGAUGCGUAGUAAUAGGACUUGACAUUGAUCUUUUGAUUGAGAAUCAUGAAGUUCAGUAACAAUGACUAUAUCCUUUUGACAGGUGUUUUUGUUUAGCUAUCUCUAAUUGCUACUUUCAAGGAAUUUUUGAAGACUUAAUAAAGAAAGUUUCCCCAAGA